AUGAGCUCACUUGCCCAUAAUCGACCUGACAAACUCUGGAGUAGGGUCAAGUCAUCGACUAAAUCCAUAUCAUCUUCAUUUUCUCAGCUCUCCAUAAAGCACGAGAAAGAUGGAGAUGCACCAACUUCAACUGUUGUUCACAAGGCUCUCGUCAAAUUCUACACCUCUCAAGUCCCAUUCCAAGGUUUUCCAGAUUGGCUAGGUCAUAAAGAAGAAUUACCAGAUCAAGAUAAAGUUCUAAGAAAGCAAAAGAAUCAUAAACAUGACCCACGAUCAGGUGAGCCAGCUUAUCCUCAAUCAACUCAGUCAUCUGGGAAUCUCUCACCUAAGCCAUCUAUGAGGACAGCUGGGAGGGAUUUUAAAGAAUUUUAUAAAGCUGCACCAAAUGAUGGCUCAAUGGCUUCUUCAUACAGUUCGGCUCCUUUUCAAUCAAGGGUGACUCGUCUUCCAUCGCAAAACUCAUCCGAGCAACGAACUUCUUCACUGCUAAUGCGUGAAAGGCUCAAAAGGAAAUGA